AUAAGACUCUUCCGUCUCCCCAAUGUGAACGCGGUAUGGUGUCGGUUGAAAAUUUCAUCGUUGAACGAAUAUGUACAAAUUGACUUAUGCGUAACUCCACCAGUAUAAAAACGACGAUAUUUCUAGAAUCCCGAACUUUUGUCAGAAGUCGAACGAAGGUUCUGUACGCACACAUAUCGCCCGAAUUCCCAUGUCCAGCGACGGUGAUGAUCUUUUCCCACGGCACGAAUAAAAUUGACAGCGUAACAAUAGUGGAGACGGUGGUCAAAAAACGAUGUCAUAUAAACAGUGAAAGGUAUGGUUAGUUGAUGUUAAUUAAAUGCGUGUGGCGUAGUGUUAUGUUAGGAAGGUGACACCAGCCAAUCCGGUGGUACCCAGCACCGGAAAUGACGCGGCAAUCGCGGAGAAUUAUUUAUCACCGUCCACCGGGGUAACUAACUUCCACCGGCAGGCUCUAAAUUAGUUCGUUAUGUUAGUCCGCUUAAUCGCGACGGAAUGCGAAACGUACUUCUUUUGCUUGUAACCCUCGUGACGUCCAAUUUAGCCAAUUUUUGCGGUAGCAAUGGUCCCGGAAGAUCGAUGUUCGUUUGUCGUAAUGCGAGUCUCGCUAAUCUCGCUGAAGUACCGAGGUACACUUACCGGAUCAAAUUCGUCAACUCGAAUAUACGGGAUAUCCCAGAAGGUACGUUCACGGAAUUUCAUCAGCUAAAAUCCCUGAGUUUCGUCAACUGCUCAGUCAACAACAUCGAAGGCUUUGCAUUCAGGGGUCUUUUGAAUCUAAAAAUCCUCAACUUGUCCAGAAACGCCUUAACGACGAUUGGAACGAACGUAUUCUCCGGAUUGAAGAGUUUGGAAAAACUUGAUCUUGCCAAUAAUAUGAUCCGGUCUAUCGAGGAAGGAAGUUUCACCAACGUAUCAAAUAUCGGGCUGCUGGAUCUACGAUAUAAUGACUUAACGCGUAUAGACGUUGCAAUUCUCCGCCCACUCUCGGCGGCCUCCACCCUCGAUUUACGGUUCAAUAAACUGCGAUGCGUUUCAUUGAGCAUUUUUAACGUAACAAGAGUGAAGUGGAUUUACAUUGGAGACAAUCCAUGGAACAAGACAUGCUGGUCCGAAUUAACUCAGUGCCUUUACAACUUUGGUAUUUACUACGGAAGAAAUCUGGCUUUCGACUCACUCACGGAGGACAGGCUGUCCUGGAAGGUCUCUGAUCGAAAUGGACGCGAACCUCUGUCGAAGGAGCUGGCUGAAGAACAAGCAAACAUUGUCAAAGAGGCUGAAGGGUGGAAGAAAUUCUACGAAUCAAUUCUUCGGGAACUCGCUGACGAACAGCAGAGACUCGAGGAUAUUGCCAUGGCUGCAAAAUAUUCUGAAGAAAUUUUGUCGCAAGAAACAAAUGCCGAAGAGAACUCUGAUUCCGGGUGGCUGCAGUAUGGACGUAACUUCAUUGUGUGGAUUCUUGGUGUGUGCAAGAUAAUACCUUUCGUCUAGAAGUCCAGUGAAAUGAACCGUUCCUUUUUCACUGCCACUUUUUUUUUUCUAUUUCUUAACUUUUAUUUCUUAACCUUAAUCGUGCUGAUAUUAGUUUUUAAUUAUCUCCGCCUCAGAGUUACACAAAUCGUUUUCAUUGCGUUAUACUUUGGGUAUACUCGAUUGUACGGUUAGCUCUUUUAGCAUUUUAAGCUUAUCUAGCAUAUCACACAACUGUAACGUUUGAUAUCGAGCUUACAGCAAGCUCGGAAAUUUCUCCGGAUUGUCAUUUGUCUUCUCUACGAUGAACUGAAAGCAUCGCAAUUUUCAAAUAUAUCAUAUAAUCUAUUGUGUUCGGAUUCUGCUGAACCUCUUCCAAUUUGAAAAAGCAGUGCGUGAAGCACUUACAAUUAGACAUGCAAGUUUAACCAAUGAGUGGUAGAAGUAAGACUAAUUCCUAAUUAAAUAAAAGUAAAAAGUUAUCGAAUCUUACACGUGUGCUUACUAUAAUCGAUCGGUGGUAAACGGCGAAGAAAAUACCAGUGUGAUAUUACAGUAAUAUUAUAUUUGUGCAUACGUAAUACGGAAUUAGGUGUAUGUAAAGUACUAAAAUUUAACUAGUCAGAUGCGUAGUUUAUAUGAAAUUAUAAAUUCUCGUAUUUCACAAUCGGGAGAAAUGAAAAUCUAAUUACCUUAUCGUCCUGGGAAUUCGCAUAAUCUUUGUUACAACUUGGCUUUUCAACUCAGAGUUCCAUUACACCUUAAUGAGUGUGGCGGUUACCGCUCAUAUUGAAUUGAAUUAUUUAAAUUAGCACGUUUGCUCAAACAUGUUUGACCAUCUUUUAGCAGCACCAUUUUUUUCGUUUAAAACUGCAUCCUCUAAACAUCCAAAAAAUCAAUUUCUCUACAUAGAUAAUUAUUUUGCACAAGUCAUUUCCGAAUAAAAAAUUCAGCAUUUCAAACUGUUCACUUUUUCAAAGCACACUGUAGAAAACGCAAAAUAAAAUAUUUUGGAAUUAGAGAUAAUGAUUAGCAGGUAAAUAAAUCCACCUACGCAAUCCAUUGGAGAACUUUUGAAGUUGAAGAUUCGAUCCAAGCUUCAACAAAAAUACGAUUUAUUAUUUAUUCAGAAUAGCGCUCACAUCAAUAUUCACCGACUCAACUGAAUAAAAAUUAAAAGACUCAAGCUUUCCCGAUUACGAUAUGCAUAAAAUGGAUUACGUGUGAAAAUUCGUAUAAUGCUCAGUACGUCAAUGAUAAUCAAAUUCCGCUCCUUCUUUCUCCAUCACAGCGUCGGCCAAAAGCUGAAUAUUUAGAACUGUAAAGAAUUUUCUAUCUUCUCCUAAUUUUCAUUGUACUUAUACGUUUCUAUAAUUAAAAUCUCCCUAAUUCUGCGGUGAUCCUUUUUUACAUUACACAUCUUCUUACCGUCGAAACGGUUCACGAGUGAUUUUUUUUUUACUUUCAAAAACGAUUAUAACCUAUCCUAAUAUAUACUUCACUCUGCUCUCUGCAGUUCACGGAUAUCAGUUGUUAAUUUACGGUGUGGUUUGAGAAUUGUGUAAAAUAUUAGUCACGUGUUUCUGACGUCGGUAAGAUAAAUUUCUGCCAAGUUUAUUCACAGUUGAUUGAAAUCUCUUAUGGAACACCCGAUGGCUUCGUAAAACGAUUUAUUACCAGAAAGAUGGAGGUGACUUGCACCCACGCGCCGGCAAGAGUAAAUAAAUAUAGCCCGAAUGGAGGGCAGAAUGAAGGUGGCUAAGCUUUUUCGUUCGAAAGAGUCGUUUCCCUUCAAGUCACUUCAACCAUAGAAUCUCUUACAAUUGAAAGACAAGUGAGGAUGCCUCAGAGGAUCUGAAAUGAGGUUCUUGCUCUAUGGAAACAAGUAAUUUAAGCUGAUCGAAUCUGAAUGUUUUCGAUGCGUUUGUAAAUUUAUUCGUUAUUAAACAGUUUUCAUGGACACGGUACAAACACAGAAUUCUGAAGAAAUAAAUUUGAAUCAUUUUUCCACUACAUCGUUUUGAAAAACAAUGAAUGCAAAUCACUUAAAUACGUUAUAAGGUUUCCUAUAUAUAUGGUCA